AUGCCGACGCCCUUUGGACGUUCCGCGCACGGCGCACUGCGCGCGACGCGCAUGCAUACUUCUUUCCGUAGCACGAGCCGUACAUUCACGCACAGUGCUCCAGCACCGCCGAAUGCAUCCAAUGUCCAGAUCACCACACUGCCAAACAAGGUGCGCGUCGCUUCCGAAGCCACGCCGGGGCACUUUUCUUCGGUCGGUGUCUAUGUGGACACUGGCUCGCGCUUCGAGCGGCCUUGGGUUCCGGGAGAGAGCGGUGUGAGUCAUUUGAUGGACCGCAUGGCGUUCAAGGUACAUGCCAUGGAGCAGGAUAUCCAGUCGAUUGGCGGGAACGUCAUGUGCAGCUCAUCGCGCGAGACGAUCAUGUACCAAUCCUCCGUCUUUAACCAGGACGUGCCGACCGUGCUCUCGAUCUUUGCCGAGACGAUCCGCCACCCCCUCCUGUCCCCCAACGAGCUCGCAGCCCAGCGCGAAGCUGCUGCGUGGGAAGUCUCCGAGAUCUGGAACAAGCCCGAGAUGAUCCUCCCUGAGCUGGUCCACGCUGUCGCGUACAAAGACAAUACACUGGGCAACCCGCUCCUGGUCCCGAUGGAGAGUUUGGAGGUGGUCACGACCGAGAAUUUGCGCACGUUUAUGGACGCGUGGUACCGCCCGGACCGCAUUGUAGCAGCAGGCGUCGGUAUGCCGCACGAGGUGCUUGUCGAGCACACGCAGCGCCUGUUUGGCGACAUGCCGCUGCCCGCGCCUGGCUCGCCAGGCACCGAUCCCAUCUUUGCACAGCUCGCUGGCGCACAUGCACGCUAUACCGGAGGCGAGCUGUACAUCCCGAAGCACGACGCUGAAUAUACACACAUGUAUGUCGCGUUUGAAGGCCUUUCCAUCCACGACGAUGAUAUCUACGCUCUCGCGACACUCCAAAUGCUGCUUGGCGGCGGUGGCAGUUUCAGCGCGGGCGGGCCUGGGAAAGGCAUGUACAGCCGCCUGUAUACCAAUGUGCUGAACCAAUACCAUGGCGUGGACCACUGCGCCGCCUUCCACCACUGCUACAACGACUCGGGCUUAUUUGGCAUCUCCGCGAGUGUCGAGCCUGGCUUUGCACAGAGCAUCCCGUACAUCAUUGCUCGCGAGCUCGAGCUGUGCACCUCGAGCAAGUACCGCGGCGGCGUCUCCACGCAGGAACUCGAGCGCGCCAAGAACCAGCUGAAAUCCAGCCUCGUGAUGGCGCUCGAGUCGCGGCUCGUCGAGGUGGAAGAUCUGGGGCGCCAGGUGCAGGUGCACCACCGCAAAGUGCCGGUCCACGAGAUGUGCUGCCGGGUCGAUGAGGUGGACAUGAAGACGCUGCACCGCGUCGCAUCGCGUGUGCUCAUGACACAGAAGCACGCGACGGUCGUGGCGCAGGGAAACUUGGACGGGAUGGUCGAUGUACGUGCAUUGCUCGCGUCGCGAGGCAUGGGCACGGCAGGGUAG